AAGGACUCAAGAACUCCCCACAAUCUUCACUUGGUCUUGGUAACUUUGAACGAUUGCUUUUAACUGUCUGAAGGAAUGGUCUGAACAGCGCUUAAAAUAUUGCGACUUCUUGGCAACAUUAUUUAAUCGAUUCUCAAGCCAUACAGUGUGCAACUCAUACUGUUAAUUACUCAUGGUGACAAAUAUUUUUGAGGACAGUUUCCUCUGCAGACACAUCACUUAAGACCAUACAGAGUCUGUGACUUGCUGCGUUGAACAUUACCAAAAGGAUAAGAGAAUGGAUCUUCGAUCAGAUAUGUCAUCAGCCCCCACUGGGUCUCAGGUCCACCACGGCUCUUCGGGAGCCACAGGCGCCUCCAUCCCGGUCUCCAUGGCCAGCAGCUUGCUCCGAGCACCGUCUCUUCUUCUGCGCGCCACUGAGAAGUACCCCCGCACGCCCAAGUGCGCCCGGUGCCGCAAUCACGGCGUGGUGUCAGCGCUGAAGGGCCACAAGCGCUACUGCCGCUGGAAGGACUGCAUGUGCGCCAAGUGCACCCUGAUCGCCGAGAGGCAGCGCGUCAUGGCGGCCCAGGUAGCUCUGCGCAGACAACAAGCCCAGGAGGAGAACGAGGCCAGGGAACUGCAGCUGCUUUACGGCACCGCUGAGGGAUUGGCCCUGGCCGCCGCCAACGGUAUCAUACCUCCCCGGCAGAACUACGACGUUUUCGGAACUGUCAAUAGCGAGAGUAGCCAAGAUUCAAACAUGCACAAGUUUGAUCUCUUUCCGAAGACCCACAUUUCGGGGCCUGUGACAUCACAGCAGCCUGGGGGGAAAUCCGUCUCCACAGAUUCCGAGUCGGUGCCCGGCAUGUCAUCCCCAGACGCCCGCCACGGCUCUGGUUCCGAGAACGGCGACGGCGAGUCUUUUAUCAGCUCUCCCGUUUCAAAGCCUCUGAAGGAUGGCGAGGAUACCCCGGGAUCCAUCAGCCCACUGGGAACUGACUCCGGCUCAGAGACUGACAAAGAUGACCAAGACCCGUCGUCCACCUCCGCAGCUGCCAGGCAAAUGAACGCCAUAGACAUCCUCACCAGAAUAUUCCCCAGCCACAAGCGCAGUGUUCUGGAACUGGUGCUGCAGGGCUGCGGGAAGGACGUGGUGCAGGCCAUAGAGCAAAUCCUCAACAACAGCGGACAACCCAAAGCUGCCGAGGAGGCGUGGAGCGCAGAUAGGCUUCUCCAGAACACCCAGCCAACCAUGUCAUCGUCCGCACCAAGGCCCAUGCUACCCGGGGCUAUGACGCUCAGCAACCGCUCGGCCUUCUCCCCUCUGCAGCCAAACGCGUCUCACUUCGGAGCUGACCCCAGCACCUACCCCCUGGGCACCCACCUGGGCCUGAAUCCACUGCGCUUGGCCUACUCCGCUCACAGUCGAGGGCUGGCCUUCAUGACCCCUUACUCUACCACGGGGCUGAUGCCCACUCUCGGCUUCAGGCCGCCAAUGGACUAUGCCUUCAGCGACCUCAUUAGGGACAGGACAAUUUUACACAAAGAUCAGGGCUACAGUAACGGACUAUACGGCCCACUGGUGAACAACACGCCAGACAAACAAUAAGGGGACAAUCGCAGACAACCUGGGUGUCUCCAGAAGACACACUCUGUACAUAAAGAGUGGCUAGUGAGGGCCCUCGCACCCCCAUUUUGAACACUUGCUGUAGGCUUCCUACUGUGAAUAAUGUAAUUUCACUGUAUCUGUUAUGGUUCAUGAAAUAUAUAUGUAAAGAUAAAAGUUAUCUAGAAAAGUUUGGAUCUGUUACUGAUAAAAAAAAAUGAUGAAAAUAAUCUGUUCAAUGUUUUAGUCGCCAUAAUUUGCGCCCCACCAGAGAAGGACUCUUGCGCAUCUGAAGAGCGCUUGUGAUGGGACGAUUUUCAAACAGAAGACAUUCCUGUAAUUAACGAUUCUGAAUCAUGUUUUUUAUGUAACAAUCUUCCUAAAUUGUUAUGAACGGAGGGGCUAUGUGUGUGGCUAUCGUGCAAUUGUCUGUUGAGAUUUACCAGGGGGAAAAAACUAACAUCAUUGUUGUGAGAUGUAAUUGCUGGUCUGUCAACUGACACCCUUGCUCUGUAAUGAAAAGUAAAGACGUGUUAACAAUGAAUUUAUUUUAUGUUUGUUUGAAUACUG